UUUCGGCAGGAUGGCUUCUCGAGGCUCUCAGAAGCUGGAAGAUAAGCUGCUAUGCUGCAUUUGUUUAGAUAUGUUUGCCACUCCUGUGACUGCACCCUGUGGGCACAGUUUUUGUGAGACGUGCAUCAACAGCCACUGGGACAAAGAGGAACAGGGACCUGUAGGCCAGAAUGGCUACACCUGCCCUGAAUGCAGGAAAAGUUUCUCAAAGAGGCCACAGCUCAACAAGACUGUUCAACUUGACAGUCUUGUAGAAGUUGUCAAGUUGGGAGAAUUGCGGGCACCUGAACCAGAGAAGGUAGCAGCAGUUCGUGAAAAGAGGUGUCCAAGACAUGGGCGGUCUGUGGAGCUCUACUGCAAGACUGAGAAGCAGUUUAUCUGCUGCGUAUGCACAGUGAAGGCGUGUCAGAACCACCAGAAGGUUCUGUUUGAAGACGAGCGAAAGAUAAACGAGGAGAAUUUAAAGGAAACAUUGGAGAAAACUGAGAAGAUGGAAAAGGAAAUCAAAGAAGAAAUCCAGAAGCUGGAGAAGCUGACAGUUGGCAUUAAGGAUUCCUCAGAUAAGUUAAAAUCAGGGGUUUUGCAAAAGUUCGUCCAUCUCAGUGAAGCCCUGAAGGAAUGCCAAAGGAAGGCACUGGAGAGAGUUGAAACGGAGCAGGCUGCUGCCCUAAGCCAAGUGCAAGAGAACUGGGAUCAGCUGCAGCAUCAACAGGCCACUGUUAGUGAGCACAACGAGAAGGCCCGGGAGCUGCUAGCCUGUACUGAUGACAUGAUGUUUCUGGAGGGAUUUCUGGUCCUCCCUACUCCUGGCAGCUUGGAAGUUCCUCCAGCUCUUGGAUUUGAUUUGGCCGGCAAUGUGGAUUCGAUCACUAAGUUCUUCAAUGAGGUCUCCCAGGUCUUUCAGGAAGCUUUGUCAAAUUCCUUUAAUCCAGAAGCAGCUGACACACAGUCCUCACUGGAGUCGAAGGUAGUCACAGGGACAGUGGCACAGAGUCUUCCAGAGACUGAUUUAAGAAUGUGUCUUUUAAAAGAUCAUCGGAAUUUGACUUUUGACCCAGCCACAGCUAACAAAUACCUGCAUAUGUCUGAACAGAACCGGAAGGCCAAGCACACUCGGGGCUUUUACAGUACAUUGCCUCAUGGUGACCCACAGAAGUUUGAGCCAUGGCAGAUCCUGUGUGCCCAGCAGUUCACCGAGGGCAGUAACUACUGGGAAGUCAAGCUGUCUGGUCAGUCUGUCAUUAUUGGCAUUGCUUACAAGAGAAUCUCAAGGAAGAAACAGGCUGGUCGCACGUUCACCAUUGGGCUAGAUAAGCUGUCCUGGGGCUUGCACGUCCAAGAAGAUUGUUAUUUGGCCUACCACAAUGGUGAAUCUAAGAAGAUAAAAGAGUCCCUGUGCAAAUUCAUUGGAGUCAAGUUGGACUAUGACCAAGGAGUCCUAUCCUUCUAUGGCAUAGAAGACCACAUGAAACACCUCCAUUCUUUCCACAGUGUCUUUACAGAGCCCCUUUGCCCCAUUUUUUGGCUUUGUGAAGGCACAGCAGUUACCCUUUGCCAAAAGAGCCAAGGCCAAAGUAUAGCUGAUGGCAUGCUUCCGGACUCACAGGCAGUUUCUGAUGCUGCGGAGCAACCAGGAGAUGGACAGAUAGCUCUGGAACACCGAUAGCGAGUCUCUUGAAUGAUCUAUAUCCUUCUAAAAUGGUGGUGCCUAAAACUGAACACAAUGUUCUAGGCAUGUAAGUCAGCAGGUGAAGGAGUAUUGUUUUGACUGUUCUCUUGAGGCAUCUAGGGUUGGCAAUGAAAGCUCACAGUUUUGUUUUUUGCUGUUUCCCUCACACAUAACCACAAAAAAGGAUGCGAAGCAUUUUAAAGCCUAAAGGAAGAAAGAACCUUUCCUUGUCUGGGCGAGAUAUAAGAUUGCCAAGUUAUUUCCUGUUCUUUUUCUGUGUUUGUUUUUUUUUUACCUCUGGUUUCUGAAUAACACUCUUGCUUUAUUUUAUUUUUCUGCUGGAAACCUGACAAUGGUCUCACAUAACUGACAAGGCCUGUCCUACCAACAGAAUUGGCCUGGGGUGCCUUACCACCAGGGUCACAGCAGAAAGUGAGGGGGCACAAUAUAUAGGCCUAUGAACUGAAAACAACAAUCAUUUCAUUGCCCAAAUUAGGGCUGUAAUUCUAAAAUAUUAAGAGAUGUCUUAGUUGUCCAGAUAAUCAAAGUAUUUUGCUGGACUUCUUGGAGUUUUCUAGGAUUUGAAUAAUAAGGCAACUGGGUAUUUUUCUGAAAUGUCAUAUUUAAGAAUAACUCAAUAUCUUACUUUGAAAAUGAGUGACCAGAAAAACUUGCAAGAUGGGACCAUCAAUUUAGCGUGGGACUUACAAAAACAAUGAGGAGAGAUCAGUUUGAAAACAAUAAAUGCUAUAUUUUAAUUCUAUCAUUUUCUCAAUAAACUGCCCAUAUAAAAGACAAUACAUC